AUGUCAUCCGUUAAGGUGGCAGUGCGAGUUCGGCCCUUCAACGACAGGGAGAAAAACAUGAAUGCUCUCCUGUGCAUAUCCAUGGAAGGACAAAGCACCACAAUUGAAAACAAUGAUGGAGGAAGGAAUGCAACCAGAACGUUUUCUUUCGAUUACUCAUAUUGGUCCCAUGAUGGGUUUGAGGUGGAGAAUUCGGGAUAUUGUAGGCCCACCUUGGCAAAGUAUGCAGACCAGCAGAGAGUGUACCAAGACAUAGGGAAGGACGUCCUAAACAAUGCCUUCGAGGGCUAUAAUGCGUGCCUGUUCGCCUAUGGCCAAACGGGUUCUGGAAAGAGCUAUUCCAUGGUUGGGUACGGUGCCAAUAAAGGUAUCAUCGUCCGUGCCUGUGAAGAAAUAUUUCAGCGGAUAGAGCAAAAUAUCUACCCAAAUAUCAGAGGUGAAGUUUCAGUCAGUAUGCUGGAGAUAUACAAUGAACAAGUGCAAGACCUGCUUCAGCCAAUGGAAAAGAGACCUAAAGGUGGCCUGAAAAUUCGGCAUACGCCUCAACUUGGCACAUUCGUGCAAAAUCUUAGCAAGUGCCCUGUGAACUCCUAUGAAGAAAUCAAGGCCAAAUUAGACGAAGGCACAGCCAAUCGUACGGUUGGUGCUACAUUGAUGAAUGCAACGUCGUCCCGCGCUCAUACGGUUCUGCAAAUCUUUUUUCGUCAAGUAACUAUUGACUCAUCAUCAGGGGAACCAGUUUCACAAAAGCUCUCCGAAAUUAACCUGGUGGAUCUGGCAGGAAGCGAGCGGGCUGGCUCUACCGGGGCCACUGGAGACAGACUAAAAGAAGGAUGUGCUAUUAACCAGAGCCUUAGUGCGCUGGGUAACGUUAUAUCUGCACUUGCAGACAAAGCGGUUGGGAAGCUUAAGCCAGGACAGGUUGUACCUUACCGGGACUCGGCGCUAACGCGUAUAUUGCAAACAGCCCUCGGAGGCAACAGCAAAACAUGCAUGAUUGCUGCGCUUUCUCCCGCAUCUGUCAAUUACGAAGAAACCCUAAGCACCCUCCGUUAUGCAGACAGAGUUAAGCAAAUAAAGAAUAAUGCCGUGGUAAACGAAAAUCCUCUGGAAAAGCUCAUCAGGGAGUUGAGAGAAGAAAAUGAGCGGCUUAAAAAGGCUAUGGGUGGUGCCCAACCAGGCCCAGCAAGGGGCACCAAGCCAGAUCCGCUCAUGCUGGAUGCCAUACGGAAGCAGUAUGAAGAGGAGAUAGAGGCGAACAAGAGAGCAAUGGAGGAAAUGACAAUGUCCUGGCAGCAAAAGGUUGAGGAGGAAAAGAAAAGAGCAGCCGCUACGGGGAAACUAGAAGAGCAGAUAGAAUUAACUCUACCGACACUGCAGAAUCUAAAUGAAGAUCCGUUCCUUACUGGAAAGAUAGUGUGCGUGCUAAGAGUGGGAAUAAGUAGCUUUGGGAAAAUUGAAGGAGAGGAUGUCCCCACAUUCCGCAUUGGUGGCUUAGGAGUGGUGUCAGGACAUGCCACUGUAAGCUGCAAAAGAAUUCAAAAUGAUGCGGAAGAUCCAGAAGACAUUUCAUACAUUGUGCUCUUAAAGGCCACAGGUAAGACAAUGGUAAAUGGAAUGGAAAUGCAGGAAGGAGACGAGAGGCAGCUACAGCACAAAGACAGAAUUUUAUUCGGUCACAACAAUUUGUAUGUAUAUUUCGACCCAUUUGACAUGGACAAGUCUAUGCCUUUAUGGGAGGAGGCGAUGAAGGAGGUCAUGAAGGAUCAAAUGAGUGUAUAUGGCCCUCCACAGCAGAGCGAGGAAGACAAAGCAAAGGAAGAAAAGUUUCAUGACAUGCUUAGGCAACUGGAGCGUGGAAAGAAAGCCUUAAUGCAUGAGAGGCAGACUUUACUUAAAAGGCUAGAGCAGAAAGAACAGGAGCUACUAGCCAGUGGAGAGACACAAGAAGUCAUCCACGAGAAGCUACGUGCGCUACAGGAUGAAAAACGAGAGAUAGAGAGAGAGCUACAGAAGAAAGAGGAAGAAUUAAACGCAAGGGAACUAAUGAUAAAAAGGGAAAAGGCAGAGGACGACGCACGAAGAGAGGAAGAACGGGCGGCUCGAGUUGAAUUAGAGGAAGUAAUGACAAGAACAUCUUUAUUGGUGGAUGAGGCAAAUAUGAUAGCACAAGAGCUUGGAGUCGGUGCAUUCUUUUCCCCCAAGCUAACUGUACGGGGAGACGUAAUAGGAGGGGGCGCAAGAGGAACACUAGGAGGGACAGUAAUGCAGAGAUCUGAAAUAAUGAUCAGGGUGGAUAGAAUGGACUCAGACUUGACACAGCUCUGGCCUCUGGACCUAUUUGAAAGAAAGGUGUUUGAAAUGAGGGAAAUAUAUGCCAACUGGACACCUGAGCAUGGGAAGGCACUGACUUUACCAGAUGAAGUUGCGGAUCCGUUUGCACCAGAUCCCGAGUCGUACCAGGUAGUGGGGCAAGCGUACGUGUACCUCGAAACAAUCCGUAGCUUGUUGCCAAUUGAAAACGAGCCAUUUCCCAUCUUCGAUUGCAAGGGGCAGAAAAAAGGGAUCCUGAUCCUCUCCAUUGAUAUAAAAGUUGGGCCCCCAAGAACGGACUUGGAUGGGUACAAUGAACGGAUCAAAAAUAUUGAUGAUUUUGAUUCGGUUGAAGACGUGAGGGGCCGCGAGCUGACAAUUACUGUGUGUGUGCACUCCGCUACCAACUUACCCGAACGUUCCUGUCGCCAUCCGCAAGUAAUGUAUCGUUGGUUAGACGGGAUGACCGAAGUAUCUGCAGUUUCCCUUGAGGAGGCUAGCAGGGAUGUUGUGUUCAACAACACUAGGGAGUUCACUCUUAACGCCAACGAAGUUGCAUUUGAGUGGCUUUCCGGUGUGUUGGUAUUUGAAGUUAGCGGAAAAUUUGUAGACAAGGCGGCCAGGGGUAAGCAUGACCGUGCAACAGAGCUCAUGAAACUAGAAAAAGAACUAAGGGAAAAGGAAGUGUUACUCCAGAAAAUUGAUACCGCACUUAGGAUGCAGGGCAACUCGCUUGAAGAACUGCUGCAAAGCAUUCGCAAAGAACAGACAGAUACAGAGGUGUCGCCAGGAGAAAUGGAAGCAGAAGCGGAUAUGAAUGUUGAAAAUGACAGUGAACGGGCGAAUACAAAAAAUGACGACACGUAUACAACUCCCCCUGACUAUCAUGAAACAACCCAUAUUUACCAAGGAACGGUUGAGGAUGCGUUGGCUUCUGAGGAUGCACGAGACAUUUCUCCAUGCACGCUGAUCAGUGGAGAACAAAUGCAAGCAACAAUGGACCGCACAUCCGUGGUCCAUGCAUCAGCACUAGAGGAUGAGGCCAGCUCACUCAAUGAGGUCACCGAAGAACACCCUCGUGUUGAUGAGUCAUCUGCUUUAGAAGAAACGGCUGGAAGUUCCCAGGGUGAGCAGGAGUUGCAACAAGAAGAAAGCGUCGUGACACUGUCGGGAGUUCCAUACCAAGAUUCCCAACAAGAAACAGCAACCGAGCUGGCACACGAGGAUACUUAG